GGGAGUUUACUUUUAUUAUCUUUCAUGUUCAUUUUUACUUCUAUUAUCUUUCUCAUGUUAAAUUCAAUUUAUGUUGUUUUUCUGUUAACAGGAUAUACAUUACACGUGGACUACUUUAUCGAAAACUUCGGAUAUCUUUGGGAUGGAGACAUAAUUGCUGGGGUAAUCUUGAUAUUUCAACUCAUGGUCAUGAUCAUCAUCGGACGAGCUGUGAUUGGUAUUUUGUGCCUCUUUGCCUAUUUAAUUUACAAGUUUCGACGGAGACACUUAUCAUUAGAUGAUGAUAUUGAAGAAUUCCUACAUAACUACCAAAAUCUUCGACCAAUCAAAUACACAUAUUCAGACAUAAAGAAGAUGACUUAUAAUUUUAAGCAUAAAUUGGGUCAAGGAGGUUUUGGCUCUGUGUACAAAGGAAAACUCCGAAGUGGCCGCAUUGUAGCUGUAAAAAUGUUGGUUAUGUCAAAGGCUAAUGGGCAAGAUUUUAUCAAUGAAGUUGCUACAAUUGGAAGAAUUCAUCAUGUUAAUGUGGUGAGACUUGUUGGAUUUUGCAUACAGAGAUCAAAAUGGGCCCUUAUAUAUGACUACAUGCCCAAUGGAUCUCUUGAUAAGUUUGUUUUUCUUGAUCAAAGCAACAACAUUCCUUUGAGUUGGGAAAGAUUAUACAAGAUUGCACUUGGAGUAGGACGUGGGAUCGAAUACUUACAUCAAGGGUGUGAUAUGCAAAUUCUUCAUUUUGAUAUCAAGCCACACAACAUUCUUCUCGAUGAAGACUUCACACCAAAAGUUUCAGAUUUCGGUCUUGCAAAAUUAUACUCAACAGAUGAAAGUAUUGUAUCAGUCACUGCUGCUAGAGGAACCUUGGGCUACAUUGCUCCUGAAUUGUUCUACAAAAACAUUGGAGGUGUAUCAUUUAAGGCUGAUGUUUAUAGUUUUGGAAUGUUGUUAUUGGAAAUGGUGGGAAAAAGGAAGAAUGUGAAUGCAUUUGCAGAGCAUUCAAGUCAAAUAUAUUUCCCAUCAUGGAUUUAUGACAGAUAUGAUCAAGGAGAGGACAUGGAAAUGGGAGAUGCCACGAAGGAUGAAAAAAAGUAUGUAAGGAAAAUGGUGAUAGUUGCGCUAUGGUGUGUACAAAUGAAGCCUGUGGAUCGUCCUUCAAUGAGCAAAACAUUGGAGAUGCUUGAAGGAGAGAUUGAACUAUUGAAAAUGCCUCCUAAGCCAACUCUAUGGUCUAUCGAGAAUCAUGAGCAAUCCAUGGUAAAGGUACCAAUUUCAUCAUCCAAUUCCAUGGGUACAAUCAGCUUAAAUGGAAGGUAGUUCUACUCCAUCCUGUUGCUUAUUUUGUAAUCCAAUAAUAAUGUGUGAUUGUGUUUUAUGUGUAAGGUUUCUAUGAGAUCAGUGUAUGUAAUAAAAUAAAGUUUCUUCUUCAA